AUGUCCGAUAUCGCUUCUCUCCUUCAAGCUUCCCUCCAGCCUGCUUCCAGGAAACAAGCAGAACAGCAACUACAUGCACUUGCAUCACAGCAGGGAUUCCUGGCACAUCUCCUUACGCUUAUCCUCAACGGAUCCUACGAUCGCUCAACGCGCCUAGCAGGUGGAAUAUAUCUCAAAAAUGUUGCUAAACUACGAUGGGAGGAGGAUGAUGAACCCCUCCCGGAAGCAGACAAAGCAGCACUCCGAACCCAGCUCGUCCCAGCCAUGAUUGCGCUGUCGGAUCCUACAGAUAAAGCGAUUCGUGCUCAAAUCGCUGAGUCUGUCGCUCUGAUCGCCGAACUUGACUUUCCAGCAAAAUGGACUGAUCUCAUUGACCAACUCAUCUUAUCACUCUCAAAAACGGACUACAGCAUCAAUGUCGGGGUCCUGCAGACCGCUCAUUCGAUCUUCAACCAAUGGCGGGCCCAAGUUCGCUCGGACGAGCUAUUCACGGAGAUCAACUUCGUGUUAUCGCGUUUCAUGCAACCCUUUCUUGAUCUUUCCAAUCAAACUGCAACCAUGCUGCUUUCCUCUCCUGCCCCGCCUAAUAUCGCUAUCGUAACACAAGCUCAGAUUAUUCUCGUUGAUAUAUUCUACGAUUUUACGUGUCAAGAUCUACCCCCGGGUAUCGAAGAUGCUCACGACUCCUUUUUUGCUCCACAAACUGGACUCUUUCAGCGUUUCAUGUCAUGGGACCCAGCAGAGCUUCGAUCCGAUCCUGAUGAAACACAGCCAUCGCUGCCCGCGCAGUUGAAGACCAAGAUUUUCGAGAUUGGCGAGCUUUACAUCAAGCUUUUCCCAGACCAACUAUCACGUUCGCCUGCUGUCGAGGGAUUUGUACAGAGCGUAUGGGAGCUCAUCGGGUCAAAUAAGCUUCCUGGUGUUGCGGAUGACUCUCUUGUCUCUCAAUCUUUGCGUUUUAUAUCCACCGCAAUUCGGUCGGGUUACUAUAAAUCGCUCUUCUCUUCGCGCGAUACCAUUGCCUCUCUUGUACAAGGUGUCAUCAUCCCUAAUAUUGGACUACGCGACCAUGAGAUGGAACAGUUUGAAGAUGAGCCACUUGAGUUCAUUCGGCUUGACUUGGCCUUCGGAGGUAGUGCAUCAGAAGUGGCAACUCGACGUCAGGCAGCCGCGGACGUGCUGCAAGCGUUAGUCAGCUCGGGUUACCAAACCGAGGCCACGGAAAUUGUGGGGUCGUGGAUCACUUCAGGAUUGCAGCAGUACAAUUCGAACCCCGCGCAGAACUGGAAGGCGAAGGACAGUGCCAUAUACUUGCUCACUGCUGUGGCAACAGAGGCGUCGACAACGCAGCAUGGUGUCACGUCGACGAAUGCAUUGGUAGAUGUUGUGAAGUUCUUUUCUGAGCACGUGUAUCAAGACCUCCGAGCAUCGGCCGGCAGUAUUCAUGAAAUCCUCUAUGUUGAUGCGAUUCGAUUCCUUUUGACUUUCAGGAACCAGCUGACGAGAGAUCAACUUCUAUCAGUGCUCCCUCUGUUGGUACGGCACUUGAAUGCAGACCAUUAUGUCACGUAUACGUAUGCUGCGAUCACGAUUGACCGCAUACUGUUCAUCAAAAAGGGGACACAAUUGUUAUUCUCUCAAGCCGACAUCCACGAUCUUGCUGCUGACUUAUUCAAUGCACUCCUGAGCAAGAUAGAAGCUGCUGGCCCUCCUGAAAAGGUUGCCGAAAAUGACCACCUGAUGAAAUGCGCGAUGCGCAUAAUCGUCACCGCACGUCAAACCCUCACCCCUGUCUAUCAACAAGUCCUCCAGCGACUGGUCAACAUCCUCGGUGUCAUCGCAAAGAACCCGAGCAAUCCAAAUUUUGACCAGUACAUCUUUGAAAGUAUAUCAGCGCUGUUGAGGUUUGUUGUGAGCGGCACACCUUCCACUCUGCCUACGUUCGAGCAAGCGCUCUUUGGCCCUUUCACAUUUAUUCUUCAACAGGACAUAGACCAGUAUAUCCCCUACGUUUUCCAAAUUCUCGCUCAGAUGCUAGAAGCUCACAACACUGGCGUGCCAUCCGAAUAUCGCUCCCUCCUCCCCUUCCUCCUGACGCCCACAUGCUGGCAACAAAAGGGCAGCAUCCCCGGUCUCGUGAAGCUCCUCAAAGCAUUCCUUGCCCGUGACGCUGCCGAGAUGAUCAAGACGGGGCAGAUCGCAGCCGUACUGGCCGUCGUCCAGCAACGCCUGAUACCUUCCAAAAUCAACGAUGGCUGGGGCUUUGAACUUCUGCAGGGUGUCGUGCAGCACGUGCCUCCGGCACAGCUAAAACAGUACUUCAAGGCAGUCGUCAUGACGUUGCUCACAAGGAUGCAGACGAGCAAAACGGAUAAAUAUGUAUAUCUCUUUUCGCACUUCCUUCUUUUCACCAUGGCUGUCAAUGUUGAUGGGCUCGGGCCAGACUACGUCAUAUCCGCUGUCGAGGAGAUUCAACCGCAGCUUUGGUCGCAGAUUCUUGUCAACUUUAUCGUCCCGCAGGUGCCAAAGAUGCCGCACAAAGACAGGAAAGUUGCAGCUGUCGGCCUCAUUCGUAUGCUCACGCAGAGCACGAUCAUGAUUACGCCUCCGAGCGCGCAGAGCUGGCCCCCAGCAUUUGUCUCCGUCAUUAAGCUCUACAGCGAGCCACAGUAUCUCGCCAAGUCUAAAGACGAAGAACAGAACACUGGCAUAACGGAGAUUGACUUCGAAGAGCAGACUGCGGGGUAUCAGGCUGCGUAUUCCCGACUCGCGGCGGCGGACGGUGCGCCUGUGGACCCCGUGGCGUAUGUGCGGGAUCUGCAAGACUUUUUGGGGCAGGCGCUGGUGAAGGCGGACCCACGCGUGAAAGGGCUGCUAGCUGCGGGCGAUGAAAAGGUAGUGCAACCAUUUGUGCAGGCGCUUGUGGCAUCUGGAUAUGCGAUUCGGUAA